AUGGUUAAAAUUGAGGAAUUCGCUGUGGAGCGGUGGAUGGACGACCAUGAGAACGAUGCCAAGUACAACCUCGCAGAGACUUGCUGUGCAUCGAUCUCACUCAACGAUCUCAUGUCCUUUUCUGGUCAGCAAACCAGCAUCAUAGACUACGCUCAGAAGCAAGUCUACGGCGCAAUCCGUGGGUCAACGGCUUUGAGGUCUAACAUUGCCAAACUGUACACCACGGAGUCUUCAGAUAGCCUGUCUCCGGAUAACGUCCUCGUCACAAAUGGUGCCAUUCAGGCCAAUUUCCUAGCACUCUACACAAAUGUGGGACCUGGGGAUCAUGUCAUUUGCCACUACCCGACUUAUCAACAACUGUAUUCUGUUCCUGAAGGUUUUGGUGCCGAGGUUGAUCUUUGGAGAUCAAAGGAAGACGCUGGCUGGCAGCUAGAUCUGGAAGAAUUGAAAUCACUGAUCAGGCCGAACACUAAACUCAUCAUCAUCAAUAAUCCACAGAACCCCACUGGCGCUGUGCUCAACCGUGAGACACUGCAGGGAAUCGUUGAUAUAGCACGGGAGCACAAUAUCAUGAUCCACAGUGAUGAGGUGUAUCGGCCCCUUUUCCAUUCAGUCAACACCGGGGAGCACCCGCCUUCUAUUCUCUCGCUGGGAUAUGACAAAGUGGUUGCCACAGGCUCAAUGUCAAAGGCAUUCAGCUUGGCGGGUAUCCGUCUCGGAUGGAUUGUCUCUAGGAGCCCUGAGAUCAUUGAAGCAUGCGCCUCUAUCCGUCAUUACACCAUUAUCUCUGUCGGACAGCUCGACGACAGCGUCGCAACUCUUGCUCUCAGCACGCCAACCAUGCAUAACUUACUUGAGCGCAACAUUCAGUUAGCUAGGCAGAAUCUUGCCGCACUGGAUACUUUCAUCAAAGAAUUUGAGUGGGCUAUUGAAUGGACGCGGCCACAAGCGGGGACCACCGCGUUCAUCAAAUUCGUCAAUCGAGAAGGAAAGCCGAUUGACGACGUUGUACUCUGCCAACAACUGCAGAAGGAGAUCGGUGUGAUGUUCGUUCCUGGUAGCCAGUGUUUCGGGGGUGGAAUUGACUUCAAAGGCUACGUUCGGAUGGGUUAUGUUCCAGAGCACCAGGUUAUGGUAGAUGGCCUCCAAGCUCUAAGAGAGUUCAUGCGCAAUGGAUAUGAGCAGUUGCCUGUUGCCACUGCAUAA